CUCAGUCAUGCACAGUGAGACACUUAAUACAAUUGAAAUAAGCCAUGAUAUGACUAAUACAAGUAUAUCAGCUAAUAGUGGAAAAAGUCAAAAUACUAAAACAUUAAGAAUGGGUGUUAUAUGUCGAAGAGCUACUCCAGAGGAUCAUCAAGGAAUUAUGGAUAUAAAUGAUAACAUAUAUGAAGGGCUGGACUACAUUCCUGCGUUAUUCCCAAUUUACGUAGAGCAACCUUUCAGACAUUGCUUUGUUUUUGAGAAAGAUGGAAAAAUUAUGGCAUAUGUUCAGUGGACAAUACUUGAUGGUGGCCACACAAAAGUUGGGCAAGCAUUCCGUUCUAUCCCUGGUUCAUCUGGUUACUUCAAACAGCUAUAUAAGUUUGUGAAAGAAGAGAUGAUAUCAUUAUGCCCACUGGCCACUAGGACUGUAUACACUGGUCAUUAUAAUGCCUACCAACAGGAAAAAUCAGCAAAAAAUCAAAUCAGAAUUAUUGAGAUACGGAAUCGUAGAGUGUUUGUCUUUAAAUCCAACCAAGAUACCAGUGUCCUGGAGACAAGUGAAUAUAAUCCCACUGGUUCUGUACAGAGGAUCAAUGCAAGACAAAUGGAAGAAAUUGUGAUAAAGGACAGAACUAUGAAACAUUUAUUCCCUGCAGAUAACAUCAUUUGUAACUAUGAACCAACUAGUACACUUCAACUUGUUCCUGAAGGAUUUUCCUAUCAGCCUCACUUUGGUGCAAUCGCAACUCAAGGUCUUUGUUACAGUAUGUAUUAUGGAUAGUGUAUGCUGUAGAUCCCAUGAUGAUGUAAUGUAUUAAAACAAUG